AUGGUGCUUGACUUUUCAAACAAACCACAUUUGUUUGAGGAUGAGUUGGUAGGGGACGCAGACGCCGAAAGGAAACUAUUCGCAAAAUGGGCCUCCUCUGUUUCAUUUAAGAAGAAAGCUGACGACUUUGAGAUUCAUGAGUCUGAUGAGCUCGGUUCCAAGCUCACCAUAUUUCUGCAGCAGCUCGGUCUUCAAGGGAAGGUAUACAUUCCACUUUAG